AUGCCGCCAAUUCUGCUGAUGAAGCGCACGCUGGACGACCUAGAGGAUCUGGACGACUUUGACGACUUUGAUGGAAGCGAGGAUGAGGAAGAGCUAGUCGAACCCCAACCAAAGCGCCUACGAGAAACGAGUCCCAUUGCCAGAGAGGAGGAGCCAAAGGAAAAGAACGACCAGACGGAGGGACAUGACAUCGCCGACAAGGUUGUCGAGCUCAUGGCAUCCCGAUUGGAAGCUCAGAUGCAGCAACUGGUGAACAGCGCAGCCAUGCGUAUGCUGGAUGUCCUGGGCCAGAAACUCGCCAGACUCGAGUCGCGUAUGGAUGAGAUGCACAACGAGUGGAAGAGAAGCACCGGAACACCUCUCACCCAUCUCAAGCGACAAGACACUAGGAACCAACAAUCCGCAGGACACCAAAACCAAUUCGGAAACCGCCAUCAAUCUGCGGUACAGCAAUACUAUGGACGAACACAAGCUCCGCCCAUCACUGUCCUCAAACAAGACACGAUCAAUUCUUCUCGUCCCGAUGAUGCCUUGCACACUUUCUUCCAAGAAGCUGCCCAAGCCGCAGACAGUCCCGCAAUCAUCGGCCCAACCAGCAAUCGCCGUGUGCCCUUCAUGGCUCGACGCCAUCGUCAAAUGGCAACUCCAGGCUUUGCACCCAACGCACAGACCACAUCCAAUGGCACCGCCGACCUAGCUACAGAAGACGCUCCACAAUACCGCCUGCAGAGAGGUGUCGAAAGUGUAAUGCAGCUAUGGCACGAGUUCUUCGUCGGUUCUGCCGACAAGCCCGCCAUCAACGAAUUAGACCACAAAUAUGGUAGUGCCUGGCGCUGGAAGGACAACAAAGGAGGCGUUUACUACAGCAUGCGCCGCGUUGUCAUCGACGAGAUACAAGCCCGCGUCGAAGCACGCUGUCCCAAUUUCACAGGCGCGACUGGCGAUGUCUGGAUCGCCGUAUGUGAAGAAAUGGACGCCGAACGAGUAAACAUGCAAUUCACCCUCAACCAAUACAUCUUUGAAUUAAAGCGCCAGGACAAACCGGUCCCUGUCCCUGUGACANAAAAGUGGGAUCCGGACGAUCCUCAUCCACCUCCUCCUCCAGUUUUGUCGCGCUCAACACCGUCAGUACAAAAGCUCUGGACUGAGUGGUUUUCUGGAAAGUUGAAUUACAACGGCUAUGCCACGUUCCCAUCGAUUGUGCAACUAAACCACAAGUUCGGAAAUACAUGGCGUCAGUUCACCACGCCAGAGUACAACAUUUACCUCAAGCGCCGCUGCAUCAUCGACAUUGCCCUACGUCGAAUCGUCGAGAUAGGCGGAGACAAGGCCGAAACCACCAAAAAGGUUCUAAAAAUGAUGGAUGCCGAGAGAGUAGCCCACAAUCUAAGUCUUGUGCAAUAUCACGCUUGGGCGAGGGAGAAAUAUGGUUACCAUGCCUCGUCCAGGACGUAUCUUCCAAAGUUUGUGGCAGACUUGGGAGAGGGACCGGAAGAAGCCAUUGAACUCGAAGCGAGAACUCGAUCACAGCAAGACGAGGAAGAUGGUAUCGCUAGGGACCAGAGCACGGAUAUCGAUACGGCUAUCUUGGGACAUGAGCGGCAAAGCGAGAGUAGAAGUGGACAAGGGCAGGAGAGCUCUGUGCCACCGUCACCAGCAUCACUUGGUUAG